ACCGGUGUCCAUGUUUCGGCCUUUCAGAUUCCAGACAGCUCCACACCCACCCAGACCUCUUACUGUCUUGCUUUACUUUUUUUUUUUCACAUUUUUUAUCUCAAUUUUCUCUUUCUUAUUUUGUUUUCCUGUUGUACUUCCAUCAGCCUGCCGUUCCCUCUCUUCCUUUCCUAGAAAAAGAAUUCGAAACUUUGGAUGACUCGAAAUCUCUGUUGAAUAUUUAUUUUCCAACAUCAUGGCAUGCUGCAGAAGGGCAAAGUUUGCACUCAAUACCCUGCGCAAUAGUUUCAGUUCAAGGCCUAUUCUCAAAUCUCCAAUCCAAGAUUCGUCUUCACUAAUCUCCCAGAGCCUUGGGUCUUCGAUUUCAUCUGCUAACAGAGCUAAGUUUUCUGCGUUCUCUUCACAUUCUUCUAUUUCGCAGAGACCAGGAAUUUCUAGUAAGUAUCGGUAUAUUCCGUUUUUAAAUGGUGCCAAGAGAUUUUACUAUGUUGAUCGUUACCAUGUUCAACAUUUUAAGCGGCGGGGUCCACUAAGGUGGUUCCAAAAUCCAAGAAAUGUGUUGAUAUUUGUCUUGGUUGGUUCAGGGGUUUUGAUUACUGUGUAUUCUGGUAAUUUAGAAACUGUUCCUUACACAAAGCGAAAGCAUUUCAUUCUCUUGUCCAAAGAAACAGAGAAAAGGAUGGGAGAGGCUCAAUUUAAGCAACUGAUGGCAAAUUUUAAGGGAAAGAUAUUGCCUCCAUUACACCCAGAAAGCGUGAGAGUGCGACUGAUAGCUAAAAAUAUUGUUGAUGCGCUCAAAAAAGGGUUGAACCAUGAUCAAACAUGGAGUGAUUUGGUGUAUGAAUCGCCCGGGAGCUCAUUUGGACAUGAGAGUGGACAUGAGACGAUGGCACCAUUGAGUGAGAAGGAAGGGGAGUCAGGGGUGAAUUGGUCCCGUGAAGAUGAGAUUCUUGAUGAUAAGUGGGUUCAGCAAAGUAGGAAGGAAAGUCAACAGAGAGGGUCGCAACCGACAACGUCUCAUUUGGAAGGAUUGGCUUGGGAACUUAUGGUGAUCAAUGAACCUGUUAUUAAUGCAUUUUGUUUGCCUGGUGGGAAGAUUGUGGUGUUCACAGGGUUGCUUGAGCAUUUUAAAACUGAUGCCGAGCUAGCAACCAUAAUUGCACAUGAGGUUGCGCAUGCAGUGGCUCGACAUGUAGCUGAACAAAUAACAAAGAAUUUAUGGUUUACCAUCCUACAAUUGAUCCUAUAUCAGUUCUUUAUGCCUGAUCUGGUCAACACAAUGUCAGCGCUCCUCUUGAGACUCCCCUUCUCUCGGAAGAUGGAAAUUGAAGCAGAUUACAUUGGGCUGUUGUUGAUGGCAUCUGCUGGCUAUGAUCCUCGAGUUGCUCCCAAAGUGUUUGAGAAGUUGGGAAAGAUUGGAGGGAGUUCAGCUCUGGAAGAUUAUCUCUCCACACAUCCAUCUUCAAAGAAAAGAGCUCAGUUACUGGCUCAAGCUCAAGUAAUGGAAGAAGCAAUUACGAUUUACCGGGAGGCCAUAGCAGGACGUGGGGUUGAGGGUUUUCUCUAGGAUUGCAUGAUACCACCAUGAAGCUACUCUCUCUCUGCAACCUAGAAGCCACACCAGCUUGUGAAGUUUAAGAGCUCCAUAUACUUUUAAGUUCUUCCUUGCAUUUAUCUUAUUUACAAAAUUUUCAUUUUUGUAGUCGAGUUUUCAUUUACCAUGUCAUUCUGCAGCAAUUGUAACUAUUAGAGUUCCAUAAAGUCAGAAAAUUUUGUUUCUGCAGCAAGUGUUAUGAAAUUGUAACCAUGGUGUCCGUUGUUUGUCCUCA